ACAACUUGUGGGCGGUGCCAUGGACCGGACCUAGACAGACGGCCCAGCCCCUACUCUGAGUACUCUCUCAAGAGUCUCGAGUCUCGAGUCUCGACCUUCACUAACUGGUUUAUACCCCAAUUUUUAUUUGGGUAGAAAUGUCCAUGACUUGAUCUGCAGAAGGUCGUUGCGUUGCUGCUUUGAUCCCUCCCUCCAAAAAGUAUCAGCAGGUUAUUCCUUCAAUAUCAAUGAGGUAGCACCUUAAACUUCUCUGAAUUUAUUCAAUUUUGUUUAUACUUUUGAAGAACAAAAAAAAAAUGUCGAAUCCCCCACAGAGAAUCAUCAAAACUCUUCUCAAAUUUCACCUCAAUGUAAUUCACAAUCAAACCCAGAUUUCUUCUUCAAUCACAAAACCCUUGAGUCAAAAUGCACGUAGGUUUUCCACUAAUUUGUCAAAUGGGUUCGCAAAUUCAGCUCUUAAAGCUUCCAAAACCUAUUUAAAUCCUUGUUUUCCAUCUUCAGUUUCAAGACCCAUUUCCUCAAAUGGUGUUUUAUGCCCUAGAUUAAGCUCUUGGAAGUCAUCUUUUGGGGUUUAUUGUAGGAAUUACUCCGUUGGUAAUGUUAAAGUGAAUGGGAUAUCUGUGAAAACCAUGGGUUUUGAGAAAUUGGUGUUUAAUCCACUAAGGAUUAGGCAGUUUUCUACCAAGAUGUCUAAUUUUGGGAGCAAGCUUAAUGCUGGUAAAAUGAAUAAGAACGCGGCUAAGAAAGUGGUUGAGAAGCCAUUGUCGGCAAUUAGCUCGUUGUUUGCGCGGUACAGGGGAGCUAUUGGGCUGCAAAUUGAGGGGUUCUGGAAGAGGAAUUUCUUGCUUAUGGUGGGGGCAGGUGGUGUGAUGGUUUGCAUUGUGUUGUGGAGGAUCAUGUUUGGGAUUGCUAAUACUUUUGUUGGAUUGUCUGAAGGAAUGGCCAAGUAUGGAUUCCUUGCUCUUUCCAGUGCCAUGGUUGCGUUUGCUGGCCUGUAUCUUCGCUCAAGACAUACAAUCAACCCAGAUAAAGUUUAUAGGAUGGCCAUGAAGGAGCUCAAUACAUCUGCUAGCAUACUUGAAGUUAUGGGUGCCCCUCUUGCUGGAACGGACUUAAGAGCAUAUGUGAUGUCAGGAGGUGGGCUUACAAUGUCCAAACUCAAACCCAGGCUGAGGAGUAAGCGUUGUUUUCUGAUCUUUCCUAUACGAGGAUCUGAUAAUAGAGGGUUAGUGAGCGUUCAGGUCAAGAAGAAAGAGGGCAAGUAUGAUGUGAAGUUACUAGCUGUUGACAUUCCAAUGGCAUCAGGACCCGAUCAGCGAUUAUUCCUGAUUGGAGAUGAAGAAGAGUACAGAAUCGGUGGAGGACUAAUCGGAGAGCUAAGAGAUCCAGUAGUUAGAGCAAUGGCUGCAACCAAGGAGUUGGAAGAGAGAGACGAUAUUGAGGCAGAAGAAGAUGAAGAAAGAGAACUACAUGAGGCUGAGAGGAAGCACCAUGAAGAGUUUGAAAGGCUCGAAAGAGAGAGAACCCAGUGAAUGAAUUGAGUUGGGGAUGAUUCUGUGGCUUGGCUUUUGGUUUAGCAGCCAUAAAACUCAGGUGUAUUUAACUGAGAACAAAUAGGAGGGAUUGAAGACUUGAAGUGUACCUUUGUUUACCUACCGGUUUGAAUGGAGCCCAUGCAUUUGGAGGUUUUCAUAUGCUCCUUUCUCUAAGGAAUAAACAAUAUGUUAACAUUUGUUUAAAAGGAUAUAUAGUGCGGCUUUACUAAAAUACACAUUUUAAUAAUUGCACCCUUCGACUUUCUUCUUAUUGGUCAAUGUAAUAGGUGUAUCACAUUGUAAAAGUAAUACUCCCUUGUCACUUCUGUAAACACAAAUUUCAGAGUCUGCAAAAAUAAGGGAAUCAAAAUAUGUGAACAAAAUAUAAUUUUAUUGAUUUUUGUA